AUUUUACGAAGAAGAUUGGAAAAGAAGAUGAGAAAGGACUCAAUUGAAAAAAUGGAAAGUUGGAGGGCUUCCUCUCCCCCCUGCACAGCCCAGAUCCUCUGCACCGAGCCCAGAUCCUCUGCACCGCGCCCAGCUCCUCUGCACCGAGCCAUCAUCGCCCCCUCGCACGCCCAGCCUUGCUGCACCAGCCCUGCACCUACGCCCCUGCUCCCUGCUCUGCGCCCAGAUCGUCUGCACUCUGCCCCAGCCUGCACUCUGCUGCGCUCGGCCUUGCUUCCUGCACCAGCCCUGCUUCUGCACCACGCCCCCUUUUGCGCGAACCAGCUCCCUCUGCUCUCUGCGCCCAAUCACCAGCCCUGCACCGAGCCCGCCUGCUGCACCAGCUCUGCACGCCCGGCCUUGCUCUACCCUACCCGCUGCCACACCUGCGCCUCUGCUGCUGCACCGAACCAGCCCCUUUGCCGCCUGCAACCGCCUACGCCCGAGCCUGCACAGUGCUGCGCCCCCUGUUCUGCAAUCUGCUUUGCGCCUUGUCCUGCUCUUCGGCAAGAUGCCGCACACUUCAGACAAAAGAAAAAGACAAAAGAGAAAAGAGCCUCAUCCUUGCCUCACAUGCAGAAAAAAACAACAAUACCGGACAAAUUGUUUGAGUAUAUAUAGAAAAAAUCAGAUUGAAAAGGGGGGAUUUUUUUUGGAGUUCGUUUGAGGUUUUUGCUGGGGAUUCUCGGAUUCCUUUUGGAGCUGGAGGGGGAUUUUUUCUUUUGGAGUUCGGAGGGAGUUUUUGGAGUUUGAUUUUGGGGGAUUUUGCUGGUUGAUUUUCGGGUUCCUCUUGGAGCUGAAGGGGGGCUUGGGGAUUGAUUUUGGCUUUUUGAUUUUGGGGAAUUUGAUUUUUUCUUGGUUGAUUCUGGGAUUCCCUUGGUCUCAAUUUGAGUAUUGUCGGAGGUGGCAGCGAGAGAAAGGGGACUGCUGAACUUCCAGAAUUCACCGAAGGAGAUUGUGCAUUUUCUGGGUUUCUGAUGUCUUAGGUAAAUUGCUGGAACUGGGAGGAUUCAGUAGGGGUGGUGAAGGUGAUGAACAGAGCUUGAUCCCGUGGGUGGGAUCCCUCUGUUUGGAUCUUGAUCCGUUCCUUUCCUGAAUUCUCCGCUGUAGAUUUUAUACUUUCUUCCUUUGAUGUUGUGUUGUUUAGUGAUUGAAAUGCUGAAAUUUAUGUGUAUCUGUUGAGAAAUGAAUGGUAGAUUUACUAGUAUGAAAUGAAUAUUUGCUGUGUUU